GGUCCUACACUACAGAGGGCGCUGCAAAAUAUCUUUUCUCAAAAUUCACCUCCCGCAUCUUCUACAGCAGCAUCCAGGACAAUGAAAGAACCGACUUACUGAUUUGUGAUGGACCUGUACGAAAGCGGCCAUGCCCGAACCUACGCGAAAUCGGAGAAAAGUGUUUCUGCUGCCAGUCGCAUGCCCUGGGCUCGCUUCUCCUGCUGGGUGGAGUGCGUCUGUGUCGUCACUUUCGAUUUGGAGCUCGGCCAGGCCAUCGAGCUUGUAUAUCCUCAUGACACUAAACUCACAGAGAAAGAGAAAACAAAUAUUUGCUACCUUUCCUUUCCUGAUUCCUAUUCAGGUUGCCUUGGAGAUACUCAGUUCAGUUUCCGGGUUCGGCAGUCUGUAGGACAGAAAUCCUCAUGGUUUGUUGAAGAAGAUAUCUAUAGCAGAGAAGCACCGGUUACACUCCAGAGAGAUCCAGGGCAUUAUUAUGGCUAUGUUUACUUCAGACAAGUAAAAGAUACCACUGUGAAAAGAGGAUAUUUUCAAAAGUCUCUUGUUGUGAUUUCAAGACUACCAUAUGUGAAUCUUUUCCAGUCCUUAUUGCAGCUUAUUGCACCAGAGUACUUUGAAAAACUAGACCCUUGCCUGGAAGCAGUGUGCAAUGAAAUCGAUCAGUGGCCAGCCCCAAUCCCUGGUCAGACUCUUAACUUGCCAGUUAUGGGGGUGGUCAUACAGGUGAGAAUUCCUUCAAAGAAUGACAAACCUGGUUCCAGCCCUCUAAAGCAAGCUUAUCAGGAGAAUCUUCUACCAGCUCCUAUGGUGCUGCCUACUGUGAAUGAACUGGAUCUUUUUAAAUGUUUCCAGUCAUUAUUAAUUCACAUUCAAAUGCUGUGGGAACUGAUGCUGCUCGGAGAACCAAUUGUUAUUAUGGCCCCCUCUCCGACCAUCUCAUCAGAAACUGUUCUUGCACUUACGAGCUGUAUUGCACCUUUAAAAUACUGCUGUGAUUAUCGACCUUAUUUUACAAUUCAUGAUAGCGAGUUCAAAGAGUAUACAACCCGAACACAAGCACCGCCAAAUGUUAUAUUAGGGGUAACAAACCCUUUUUUUAUAAAAACGUUCCAGUAUUGGCCCCAUAUUAUCCGUAUUGGAGAGUUAAAAAUGUCUGGUGAUUUGCCAAAGCAAGUAAAAGUGAAGAAGCUAGCAAAGCUGAAGACUUUGGACACAAAACCGGGUGUGUAUACCUCUUACAAAACCUACCUUCACAAGGAUAAGGCACUAAUCAAAAGGCUUUUAAAAGGAAUUCAGAGGAAAAGACCAUCAGAAGUACAGAGUGCCAUUUUAAGAAGACAUUUGCUGGAGUUAACACAGAGUUUCAUCAUACCAUUGGAACGCUACAUGGCAAGUCUGAUGCCGUUGCAGAAGGCCAUAAUGCCUUGGAAGAAUCCACCACAGAUUAGGUCUUUCAGUCGGGAAGAAUUUAUGAAGACACUUGAACAUUCUGGUCCUCAGCUCACUUCUGUUCUUAAAGGAGACUGGAUGGGGCUUUACAGGCGAUUCUUCAGGUCACCAAACUUUGAUGGUUGGUACCGGUUGCGACAUAAAGAAAUGUCUCACAAACUGGAGUCACUUCACUUGGAAGUCCUUUGUGAAGCUGACCUGUUAUUAUGGAUUAAGGAUAAAUCUGAAGUUGAAAUUGUCGAUUUAGUUUUGAAAUUACGGGAAAAACUGGUAAAAGCUCAUCAUCAACAACUUCCUGUGAAAGAGGAGGUGUUACAGAAGCUGGAGUCAUAUAUUCAGACUAUUAUCACUUCUCUUCCUGAAGACCUGCAGGCUGUCCUUAAAAGACAUUGAUUACAAAGCUAAAAUGAAAUACACAUUCAAAUUACCUUUUUUUGUUGUUGUUGUUUAUAUGUGUUUAAUU